CAAGGGGACCUGGCGACCCUGGUGGACAGCGGAACCCAGACAGACAUCACCUUUGAGCACCUUCUGGGGCUGGGAAGGAUGAGGCCUCCAAGUCCCCCGGCUGUGACCUUGGAGCCCUACGGGCUGCCAGAUCUCCCCUCGAUUGGCCAUGAAUAUUAUGAUCCUGUGGAAUUCAUAGAAGGAGGUGCUCCAGAGACUGAGAGGGCAGAGGAGCUGGAAUACGAGGAGGUGGAACUGUACAAAUCCAGUCACCGGGACAAGCUAGGCCUGAUGGUUUGUUACCGAACUGAUGAUGAGGACGAUGUAGGCAUCUACGUUGGAGAGGUAAACCCUAACAGUAUUGCUGCCAAGGAUGGUCGAAUCCGGGAAGGAGAUCGUAUUGUCCAGAUUAAUGGAAUGGAGGUACAGAGAUACGCAGGAGGUCAAAAUACCUCACCCAGGAGGCGAAAUGACUCCAACAUCUCUCUGCUGCUGGCUAGACCAGAGACCGAGCUCUCCAAGCGUUGGAAGGACAGCGACCGGGAAGACUUCCUAGAUGACUUAGGCUCUGACCACGAAGCGGGAACAAGACCCCACCAUCUUCUUUCUCCCCCAGACCAGCAGAACGAACCUCUCCAAGAAAAGCCAGGUGGGGACCCCGCCACCCCCCUGACCAACAGCCAGGAACUGGACAGCGGGGUUGGGCGCACCGACGAGAGCACCCGCAACGAGGAGAGCUCUGAACACGACCUCCUGGGAGACGGCCUCAGUGCCAACACCCCGGGACCCUGGCGCAGUUCUGGGACCCAGCCUGCAGCCCGGCCACCUCCCACCAUAUGACCGCUUGCUGGCGGGGAAACUGAAGCCGCUUUGGGGACCGACAUGAUGCCGGGGCUGACCGACGAAGAGUACGAGCGCUACCGGGAGCUCCUGGAGCUGAAGUGCCACCUGGAGAACGGCAACGAGCCAGGCCUGGUGAGCGCCGCGCUGGACGUCAACCGCAACGAGGUGGCGCUGCUGGAGGAGGAGCUUCGCCACUUGGAAUUCAAAUGCCGCAACAUCCUUCGGGCCCAGAAGAUGCAGCAGCUGCGUGAGCGGUGCAUGAAAGCGUGGCUGCUGGAGGAGGAAGGGCUGUAUGCCUUGGAAGGAGAACCCAAGAAACACGAGCUGUCUGACAUCACGGAGUUGCCGGAACGCUCGGACAAAGACAGUACCAGUGCCUACAACACCGGGGAGAGCUGCCGCAGCACCCCCCUGUUGGAAAGCCCCUUGCGCCGCUUGGCCGAGCCCCCCUCACCACCACAGCCCACCCGACGGAAGAUGGUGCGGGCGCAGCCCAAAGCUGGCGGGGAAGGGACUUUAUCCCCAGCCGGCGGCAGCGGGAGGAGCCGCCCCCGCCGAUCAGCCCUAUGUUUUAGCUGUAUGGCGAAGAUUCUGGGGGGCAAAGGAGAGCCCCGCAUGGAAUGGAAAGUGAAGGUCCGCAGCGAUGGCACGCGCUACGUGGCCAAGAGGCCAGUGAGGGACCGGCUGCUGAAAGCCAGGGCCAUGAAGAUCCACCGCAGCGGCAUGACCACGGACGACGACGCCGUCAGCGAGAUGAAAAUGGGCCGCUACUGGAGCAAGGAGGAGCGCAAGCAGCACCUGAUCCGUGCCCGCGAGCAGCGGAAGCGCCGCGAGUUCAUGAUGCAGAGCCGGCUGGACUGCUUGAGAGAGCGAGAAGGCAGCGACGCCCGAGGGGUGUCCGGAGAAGUCAACAUCUUGGCCCUGAGCCACCGCAAAACCAUGAAGAAACGGAGCCGCCGGAUCUUGGAUAACUGGAUUACCAUCCAGGAGAUGCUGGCGCACGGCACCCGGUCCGCGGACGGACGCCGGGUCUACAACCCGCUCCUUUCUGUCACCACCGUCUGAGCCGGCGGAGUGGAUCGUCCGAGGAUGCUGCCGUGCUUUUUGCCCUGGGUGUGGCAGAGCGCCAACCCCCUUUUCCACAACCAGGAAAACGGCUCUUUGGACACACCGUGGAAGCAUUUUGAUAUCGCCCUCUGAGCUUUGCAUGGCUCAGGACGGCCUGACUCUCUGAACCAAAUUUAGAUUGUGACAGUAAGCCCAGCAUCCCCGUUUGCCUUAAGAACCAGGGGCCAAGAGCGGCCGACUCCAGAGUCCGCACCCAUCAAGAACACACUGUGGGGAGAGGCUGUGAACGCUGCCUGCCUUGCAAGGGAAGCACGGAGCAGCUCCAUCACCUGCCUCCAAGGGAAAGCUCCUUCCAGCUUCGCCCCUGCCAACCGUACUCCGAAGCACAAGAAACCGGCUGUGGUUGACACACCGUGUGCAAAGCACAAGGGAAGCGAGGGGGCUCACCUGCCCCUAUAGGUUGACAGCACCAAGGAAGACACCCCCCCCCCCCCGCCAACCCCUGGGAUGCUGUGGCAUCUUUCUCUCUCCUUUUUCUCUCUCUUCCUCUUCUCUUUUGUGAUUGUGGCUCUUCAUUUCUUUCUCGUUUCUGUAUUUCAAUCCGGAGCCUUGGGCCCUGGAGGCUCCCCCUGCAAGCGGCUGAAGAGCCCCCUUCCUGCAUUUUCUACCAUCCGACUGCCUCUCCUGCCCGGGGGAGAGGAACACCAGCUUAGAAUUGGGAGGCCGUGGCGAAGGUCGCUUGCAGUAAACCCGGCCCCGUGGCUGAACAUGCAUUGUUAUAAUAAAAAACUGUUCUUUUUACUCAUUGCAGAAAAAAAACACCCUAAA